AUGUAUCCUACAAAUUUUGGCGCCGUUGACAUGAGGAGGAUACAGUCCACAGGCACCGACGAGCGUGCCUCGUAUGCCAUGUCCGGACCGCAGUCGGUUUCGACGAUGAGUCACAAUUCUCCUGCGACGCCGCAUACCACAUACGAGCCAGAGUACGACGAGAAGCAUGUCUAUGGUGAGACCACUACCGACGACGACGACUUGUUGUUCCAAUACUUACAAUUUGACGCAGGCUACCCUUCGGCCGCGUACCAGCAAUCACUGCAAGAUGUCUUCCCAGACCAACAAUACGCCAUGGUAUAUCCUCAGGCACAGCAGCAGAUGCAGCGCAUGGGAGUGCCACAACACCGGCAAAAUAUGAUGGCGGAUAGACUUCAGGCAGCGCAACAAGACCAUCUACGCACCAAUUCGCCGACGUCGAAUCCUCGAGACAAUUCACCGUUCCGGCAGAACUCACCAUACGGCAUGCCUGCGCCACCUCAACGGCCUCCUACUCUGCAGAAACAACGGACAUCAAUAUCACCUAAGGAACUGAUGUUGGAUGACCAUGAUAUUGAGGACCAUCAAACACCACUGUUCCCUGAUCAGUCGCAUUCCAUGUUUGUCAAUCACAGAAACCCGUCGAAUCUCUCAACCUUUUCGACUCCCACCUUGGCACCUUCGGAGUCAUCGAUGCAAAUGCCUCAGCAGUAUACUUUCGUCGGCCAACCCGGCCGGCCGCAGGACUCCACGCCGGAUUUUCCGGCACAUCUUCUGUCGAUGGAAUCGACCGGUGAUGAGGGACCUUCGGAACCUUCUAGUCAGCAGUCGACGCAUCAGCAGCAGCCUCGGUCACAAAACCAGGCUGCGCCUCAAGGGCAACCUCAGCAGCAGCGGCCUGUUGACACAUCAUCUGACUCGGGCACCUACUCAUGCACGUAUCACGGAUGUCACCUACGGUUCGAGUCACCGGCGCAAUUACAAAGACACAAAAGAGAAGGCCAUAAGCAGGCAUCACCGACUGCGUCAGCGUCUCCUAAUCUGUCGCUACGCAACUCUCAGGCUGGUCCUCACCGAUGCGAACGCAUCAACCCUAGUACGGGCAAGCCUUGUAACUCGGUGUUUUCCCGGCCCUACGAUCUGACCCGGCAUGAGGACACGAUACACAAUGCCAGGAAACAAAAGGUGAGGUGUCAUCUCUGUACGGAAGAGAAGACAUUCUCUCGCAACGAUGCUCUCACCCGCCACAUGCGUGUGGUUCACCCUGAUGUCAACUGGGUUGGCAAGCAGAAGCGGAAGAAUGCGAAGUAA